AGCUCUUUUAAGUUGGAUCCUGAAUAUGUAGUUUGUUUCUUUAUAUUUAUUUUGAUGCCAAACUUUUUUAAUUAAAUUACUACAGGAUAGUAAUCCACUGUUUUAUAAGUGAUUAGCAGAAAUCUAUUUAUCACGUACAACUUUAACACCUCAAGAUCAUCAUGUUGGGGCUUAUAACAUCCUUAAUAUGCCUCGUGUUUGUAGCAGCGUACAUAUUUUUGAAAAGACGCUACAGUUACUGGAAGAAGCUUGGAGUCCCAGGGCCAGAACCAGCAAUGAUUAUUGGCAACAUGAAAGAAUUCAUCAGCCUCAAGUUCACGGAGCCGAAUGUGAUGCACGAGUGGUACAAGGAAUACAGAAACGAGCCCUACAUAGGGUAUUACAAUUUCUUGAAGCCGACAUUGUUCGUUAUCGAUCCAGAACUGAUCAAAGCGAUUACUGAAACCGAUUUCAACCAUUUCAUGGACCACCCGGAAUUGAUUACUGGAACAGAAAGCGACGCUGUUUUAGGUUUCUUAUUUAACAUGUACGGGGCACGAUGGAAAGCAAAACGGCAGACAUUUUCAAAAUUAUUCAGUCCGAAAAGAUUGAGGGAACUAUCGAGUAUAUUGAAGGAACACAACAAUUCUUUGUUGAGACAAUUUGAAGAACAACUCAAGUCGACGGAUGAGGUUGAGCUGUUAAAGAUAAUGGAACGACAUCUUUUAAAAGUCAUCAUUUCCUUUUUGUACGGCUUGGAUUCGAAUCAGGAUCGAGAAAGACAUUCCAAGUUAUCGGAAUUAUCUGAAAUCUUCAGCCGACCUCCUGGAUCUACCAUACGCCGAUAUCUUCUCUUCGUAGUUUUUCCAAAUCUCUACCAUAAAUUGAGACUAUCAGCCUUUCCUCAUCUCUAUUGGGACUAUUUUAAUAACUUCACUAGAGAACUUUUGCACUCGAGAAAUUUGAAGAAAGUAGAGCGGGAGGAUUUGAUCGCCCUGAUUGGAAAAAUGCAAAAAGAAGGCAUUCCGGAAACUGACAGAAUAGAACACCCUGAAGCUGUCGCUCAUGUGUUCGGUUUCUUCAUUGCAAGCCAUCACACGACAAUGACUACUGUGAGCUACGUCAUUUAUCAGUUAAGUCUUUACCCCCAAAUUCAGGAUAAAGUUCGAACAGAAGUUGACAAUGUCCUUAAAGGCCAAGAUGCUGUUACUUACGAUUCUGUAAUGCAGAUGAAUUAUCUAGAUGGAGUUAUUAACGAAACUUUGCGCCUGUAUCCGUUGCUGGGAGUUUUAAAGAGAACUUGUACCGAAUCGUAUAAGAUUAAUGACAAGUUGACGAUACCCAAAGGCAUGGACGUCACCCUACCUGCUUAUUCUUGUCAUAUAGAUCCAGAAUAUUUUCCAGAACCAGAAAAAUUCUUACCGGAAAGAUUUACCGAUGAACAAACAUCAGAAGCUCUUUUCAUGCCAUUCGGUAAAGGGCCAAGAACAUGUAUAGGGAAAAGGUAUUCAUACAUUUCGAUGAAGACUGUAAUAGCGAAAAUAAUUUCUGAAUACAUAAUAUUACCGGGAACAAAGACAAGAACCCCUUUGAUGUUCGAUACUAAAACUUUUUUCAUAACUGUCCAUCCUAUCGACGGACUCCAUGUCAAGAUGCAGAAGAGAGUAAAGUAAAUUGCAAAUGGUUGUUAGCAGUAAAACAUUGUUAUAAAAUGUUCCUGCAAAAAUAUCUGCCUGAAAAAAC